CGCCAAUCGAGGUUACCCACAUACAGGAGAGAGUGAGAGUGCCUCAAGAGUACAAAACACUGAGAGCCUUACCUCCGCAACGAAGAUUAUUCCUGGAUCUCAUUUCCAGAGAUGGCAGCAUCGUCAGCCUCGACGAGUGCUAUCCAGCAGCGAGUCUGGCAGGGCCGGAUUCCGCUGCAAAUAGUUCUGUCGCCGUCGGAGUGCAGGAUAUAUGAUCAAUCCGAUCCAUACAUUAUAUCCAUUCCUCGACUCUCAUAUCUUCCUUUUAUUCUACCCAGGCUAUUUUCGUUUUUCUCCUCGUCUCUCAUCGACCCCGACGUUCAGGCCCAUGACGGCUGGUUUUCCUUUGAGGGUGUUCCGCUUAAAUGGCAUUAUCCAGUUGGUCUGCUGUAUGAUCUUUACGCUGGGGCAGAGCCUAUCACAUCCAAGUCCUUAUCGUCACCUGGCAGUGAGCGUGAGCACUAUGUUCGGGGCGGCACGCGUGAAAACAUAUCAGAGAGCGGAGCAGAAGGGGAGAAGGACGACAACCACGGCCACGACCACGAAUUCAAGCGUGACGCCCUGCCGUGGAGGCUGAUGGUCCAUUUCCACGACUGGCCGGAGCAAGAUCUCAUCCGGCUUGAUCCAGAGGGCAAAAUUCUACACGAUGCCUUUAUAAAUAGCGUCAAGGAGGCUGAUUGUCUACGGAACGGGACUGCGAAGCGCAUCAUGGCCCUCUCUAAAGAAGACUCAUCAGGAUUAUGGAAAAGUGUCGAAGAGCACAACCUCCCCGCCUAUCACCGCAUCCACAACACCCUCCUCCUCCCCACCCCUCCCACACCCUUCCGCAACAUCCCCAUCCGUAUCUUCCUCCCUGCUCCACCAGACUCCCCAUCCCCUUCUCUGAAAGUCAUCCAGUCCCCGAUCCCACCGCUCAUACAGCCCACCGCAUCCCCGUCAUCCAGUAUCAGCAGCGCCUCCAGACAGAUGCAGCCGCAGGUCCAGACGAUCGGCACCGCGUUGAACUCUUUGCUUCCGAGCUUGUUUCCGAGUAAGCGAACGCCAAUGCUGGCGAAGCCGGUCCUGCAUGGGGCUGUAGUGCCGAUGAGUGCGCCGGUGGAGGAGGUGGUGAAGUGUGCAGGGUAUGCGGAUGGGUGGCUUGGGGUGGUCGUUUCAAUGGUAGGAUAG